AUGCCCAUUCUGGAGAAAGUCCCCCAUCAUGCAGUGGCUGAAACUCCAGAGGGUGCCGAGAAGCCUGGCCUGCCCAAACUGCCAGUACCCCCUCUGCAACAGACUCUGACCACUUACCUGCAAUGCAUGGGCCACCUGGUGCCUGAGGAGCAGUUCCAGAAAAGCCAGGCCAUUGUGAAGCAGUUUGGGGCCCCUGGUGGCCUUGGUGAGGCCCUUCAGCAGAAGCUUCUAGAGCGGCAGGAGAAGACAGCCAACUGGGUAUCUGAGUACUGGCUUAAUGAUAUGUAUCUCAAUAACCGCCUGGCCCUGCCUGUUAACUCCAGCCCAGCCUUGAUCUUUGCACGGCAACACUUCCAGGACACCAAUGACCAGCUAAGGUUUGCUGCCAACCUCAUUUCUGGUGUGCUGAACUACAAGGCCCUGCUGGACAGUCAUUCCAUCCCCACUGACUGUGCCAAGGGCCAGCUGUCAGGACAGCUCCUCUGUAUGAAACAAUACUAUGGGCUCUUUUCCUCCUACCGACUCCCCGGCCACAUUCAGGACACAUUGGUGGCCCAGAAGAGCAGUGUCAUGCCUGAGCCUGAGCACAUCAUUGUGGCCUGCCAAAAUCAGUUCUUUGUCUUAGAUGUUGUCAUUAAUUUUCGCCGUCUCAGUGAGGGAGAUCUGUUCACUCAGUUGAAAAAAAUAGUCAAAAUGGCUUCCAACGAGGACGAGCGCUUGCCUCCAAUCGGCCUGCUGACAUCAGACGGGAGGAGCGAGUGGGCCGGGGCCAGGACAGUCCUCGUGAAAGACUCCACCAACCGAGACUCACUGGACAUGAUUGAACGCUGCCUCUGCCUGCUGUGCCUGGAUGCCCCAGGGGGCAUAGAGCUCAGUGACACUAACAUGGCCCUGCAGAUUCUUCACGGUGGGGGCUGCAGCAAAAAUGGGGCAAAUCGCUGGUAUGACAAGUCCCUGCAGUUUGUGGUGGGCGGGGAUGGUGUCUGUGGCGUGGUGUGUGAACACUCCCCAUUCGAUGGCAUCAUCCUAGUGCAGUUCACGGAGCAUUUGCUCAAGCACAUGAAGAAAGGCACCCAGAAGCUGGUCCGUAUGGACUCUGUUAGUGAGCUGCCAGCCCCGAGGAGGCUCCGGUGGAAAUGCUCUCCUGAAAUUCAAGGAUGUUUAGCCUCUUCUGCAGAAAAGCUUCAGCGGAUUGUGAAGAACCUUGACUUCAUGGUUUAUAAAUUCAACUUCUAUGGAAAAACAUUCAUUAAGCAGCAAAAAUGCAGUCCCGAUGCCUUCUUGCAGGUAGCUCUGCAGCUGGCCUUCUACAGGUGCCAUGGAAGACUUGUACCCACCUAUGAGAGUGCAUCUAUUCGCCGGUUCCAGGAGGGACGGGUGGACAACAUCCGGUCAGCCACACCUGAAGCCCUGGCUUUUGUGAAGGCCAUAACUGACCACAAACCAGUCACCCUGGAUCCAGAAAAGGUGCUGCUCUUGAAGGAUGCAAUUCGUGCACAGACUGAGUAUACUGUCAUGGCCUUAAAAGGCAUGGCUAUUGACAAUCAUUUAUUGGCCCUGCGGGAGCUAGCCCGGGAAGUGUGCAAGGAGCUGCCGGAGAUGUUCACGGAGGAGACUUACCUGACAAGUAAUCAUUUCAUCCUCUCCACCAGCCAGGUACCCACAACCAUGGAGAUGUUUUGCUGCUAUGGUCCUGUGGUCCCUGAUGGGUAUGGUGCCUGCUACAACCCACAGCCAGAGAAUAUCCUCUUUUGCAUCUCCAGCUUUCAUAACAGCAAAGAGACCUCUUCUACCAAGUUUGCCAAAGCGGUGGAAGAAAGCCUCCUUGAAAUGAGAGACCUCUGCCUCCUGCCUCUUUCUGCCAUGGACGAGGCCCUGGCAACCAAAGGAAUGGCAGCUGCCUUCAGCUAA